AUGGCGGCRCCCGCGCCCUCGUCCUGCGACUGCUUCGUGGCCCUGCCGCCCGCCACCGCGGCGCCCGUCGUGGUCUUCGGCAAGAACGCCGACCGGCCGCGCGACGAGGUGCAGGAGGUCGUGUAUGUGCCCGCCGCGCGCCACCGGCCUGGGGACAAAGUGCAGUGCACGUACAUCGAGAUCGAGCAGGUGGAGCGGACCCACGCCGUGGUGCUGAGCCGCCCGGCCUGGCUGUGGGGCGCCGAGAUGGGCGCCAACGAGCACGGUGUCUGUGUGGGCAACGAGGGCGUGUGGACCCGCGAGCCCGUGGGCGAGCAGGAGGCGCUGCUGGGCAUGGACCUGGUGAGGCUGGCCCUGGAGCGGAGCCGCUCGGCGCACGAGGCCGUGCGGGUGAUCGCCGCCUUGCUGGAGCGGCACGGCCAGGGCGGCCCCUGCAAGGAGGAGCCGGCGCCGUUCUGCUACCACAACACCUUCCUGCUGGCCGACCGCGCCGAGGCCUGGGUGCUCGAGACGGCCGGCCCGUACUGGGCAGCCCAGCGCAUCACGGAGGGGAGCCGUAAYAUCUCCAACCAGCUCAGCAUCGGCACGGACAUCACGGCCGAGCACGCGGGGCUGCGGCAGCGCGCCCGGAGCCAGGGUUGGUGGAGCGGGGACGGCGAGUUCAGCUUCGCCGAGGUCUUCUCCCUGGAGCAGCAGCCCGUGCGCAUGGAGGCGGCCAAGGCGCGGUACCGCGCGGGGCGGGAGCUGCUGCGGCAGCACGCAGGCCGGAUCACGGCGGAGACCUUCAUGGGCAUCCUGCGGGACAAGGCGAGCGGGAUCUGCGUGGACUCGGAAGGCUUCCGCACGGCGGGCAGCAUGGUGUCCGUGCUGCCCCGGGACCCUGCGCUGCCCUGCGUCCACUUCUUCACGGCCACCCCCGACCCCUCCAGGUCCGUGUUCAAACCCUUUGUCUUCGUGGACGGCCUCAAGCCCGCGCCCCAGGUCAUGUCCCCCAGCUUUGCCGAUGACCCCGCCAAGAAGAUCCCRCGGUUCCAGAGCAAAGUCGACCGGCGGCACCAGCUCUACCGGCGGCACGAGGCAGCGCUGGCGCUGAUGGAGAGCGACCCGGAGCAGGGCCAGAAGCUGCAGGAAACGCUGCGGGCCUUGGAGCGGCAGGGCCUGGAGGCGGCGCACGCGCUGCURGCGGGGACGCUGGCGCCCGCGCCCGAGGAGCUCGCCGAGCUCUUCUUCGACUGCGUGGACGCAGAGAUGAAGUUCUACAACUGGGAGACGUACAAGGAGAUGAGGGACAUUCCUCCCUCUGCGCUGGACCCGUCCCUUGCCUCCGGCUGCACGUCGGCUGCCCCAGCUCGGCACUGAACGGCACAGAGGGAAACRUCUCGGCCGGCGUCUCCUGGCCCUGCCCGGGGACGUGGAGCGCCCAGCCCCAUCACUCGUCCCRUAGGAAUCAGCGCUUCCAGGGGUGGUUGUGACCCUUGGACACGGGGAAGGGGAGGGACCCGUCACGCAGGAGGAGGCGGCUCCUCUCCGCGCCUGGCAGGUCCUUUCCCAGCACUGUCCCUUGCUGUCCGCCCUUCCCGGCCCUGCUGCGGAGGCUGCCAGGGCUCGGUGCAGAGCCCGGGGCCGUGGCAGACACACAGACCCAUGU